AUGGCUGGAAACCUCCUCAUUGUCGUGCUAGUUGUGACUGAUAAACACCUCCACACCCCUAUGUACUUCUUCCUGGGAAAUCUCUCCUUCCUGGAAAUCUGCUGCAGCUCUACCAUUGUGCCUAAGAUCUUGUCAAGCCUCUUGACAGGGGAAAGGAGUAUAUCUGUCAAAGCCUGCCUCAUACAAUUUUUCAUCUAUGCUUGCCUUGGAGGUACUGAAUGCUACCUCCUCUCCAUGAUGUUGUGUGACAGGUAUUUGGCAAUAUGUAAACCACUCCAUUAUGCUACUAUCAUGAAUGCGAGGUUGAGCUUCCAGCUAGCAGUUGUGUCUUGGGUCAGUGGAAUUUUGGUCAGCACAAGCUUGACUUUGAAUAUAUCACAAUUAUCAUUCUGUGGCCCUAAUGAAAUUGAUCACUUUUUUUGUGACGUUGUUCCUGACAUAAGAUAUAUCUCAUGCAGUAGCACAUAUUUAGUUGAACUCUCGUCCUUUGUAUUUGCUUGCAUUUUCACGCUCCCUCCCUUUGUCCUCACCAUAUCAUCUUAUGGUUUCAUUAUACUCGCUAUCCUCAGAAUUCCCUCCACCACUGGGAGGCAAAAGGCCUUCUCCACUUGUUCUUCUCAUCUUUCUGUUGUUGCCUUGUAUUAUGGAACCUUGAUGCUUGUCUAUCUGCUACCAAGGUCCAGAAACCUAAGACAUAUCAAGAAAACCUUUUCUAUUUCCUAUACUAUCCUGACUCCAAUGCUUAACCCCCUCAUAUACAGCCUGAGAAACAAAGAAGUGAAGAUAGCUGUUAACAAAGUUUUCAGGAAAUUACUGUUCUUCAUGAGCAUUCAAAAAGUUGGCUUUUUGAAACUGAAAGAGGGCAAUCCACAUUAA